AUGUCUACUUCAAUUCAACAACCAACACAACUUACUCGUGAUGAAACGCGUAUAUUAGAAGAAUGUGAACAAGAAUCAUUAAUUUAUCGAAGUUUACCAUUUAGUGUUUGUGCAUUUUUUGCAAUACAAUAUGCUAUGUCAAAAAAUAUCAUUUCAACAAAAGCAAAAUGGUUUAAACUUGGUGCUGGUGUAUUUGCUGGUUAUAUGAUUGGAAAAUUUUCUUAUGCCAUAGCUUGUCAAAAGAAAAUUCUAAUGAAAAUUCCUGAUAGUAAUUUAGCAAAAAUAAUUCGUGGUGUUGAAAUUCGACAAAUAUCAAAUAUUAAUGUUAAUAAUCACGAGCAAAGGCAAACGAAUAAUUUGAACGAAGCUGUUAUACUUGAAUCAGAUACUCAUCUAACAUCAAUAGAUAUUAAUCAAUAUGGUGAUCCAAUUUAUAAGACAAAUAAAUAA